GUGGAUGCUUUGGGGGACAGGAAACCCUGGGAGUGCAAGCAUGGAGCUGGGGUGGGGUGCAGCCCAGCGCAGGCUGGAGGGACGGACUGGGUGACCAGCGCUCGGUGUAGAGCUAUGUCGUGGGCAGCUCGUGCAUGUCCGAGCUGCUGGACCUGGCCGUGGGGGAGGAACCUGGCCCCGUGCUUGCUCUCUGCCUCAAGCGACGGCCCCUGCUCCCCGCCGGGGAGACCAGGACAGGCGGUCUCACUGCCCGCUGUGCCGCAGGCAGCUCCCACCUGAUCAAGGUGCAGUGCCUGACCCAGCACUACGGCUACUUCCCCGUCAUGCUGCUGUUUGAGUUCAUGGCUGAGCAGACGGGCCCCUUCGCCAUCAGGCGCUUCAUGUCAGCUGUGGCCAAAAGCAGGCUGGCGGAGGAGCUGGGGCCCACGGUGCCCUACACGCCGUACCAGGACGGGCUGCAGAAACCCCUCACCGUCCACACUGAGGAGGGUGUCUUACCCAACAGCUCCCAGCACUCGGACCUGGAGCAGCGCAUCCCGCUGCCCCAGUGCAACUACCCACGGAGCCUGAAGGACGUGAUCCGGCGCAUGCCUGGCACUGACAAGGAGCGGGCCAAGCUGUGGUCCUCCCUGGAGGCGCCCCUGCAAUUUGGGAAUUACGCAGAGAAGUUCCAGCUGCUGCUGCACCUCGAGGAGGUGCAGAUGGAGGUCGACAUCCGGCGCUACGACCUGCAGGACACCCCGAUGGUGCAAGACCCAGACAACAAGCAGCUGCUCAUCCUGAAGGUGCCUGGUGUGGCUGAGAACCGCCCAUCUCUGCUGAGGGGCGACCACUUGUUCGCGACGCUGGGCACCGAGCGUGGCAGCCACGGGCUGGUGCAGUACAAGGGCUAUGUGCACCGCGUGGAGCUGGACCGUGUCAAGCUGGGUUUCUCCAAAGGCCUGCUGGCUCGCUUUGUGAAAAACUUGCUCUUCGAUGUGACCUUCACCUUCAACCGGCUGCCCCUGCGGGUGCAGCACCGGGCCGUACAGCUGGCUGCAAAGGGAGGCCUGAAGGACAUCCUCUUCCCCACCUCCUCCGCGCAGAUGUCCUUCCUGGAGGACGGUGCCCAGCUGUGCCUGUUCGACCGGAGCCUGGAGAGCAACAAGGAGCAAUGCGAGGCUGUGAGGGGCAUCGUGUCGGGGCUGUCCAGGCCCGCGCCCUACCUCAUCUUUGGGCCGCCAGGGACAGGCAAGACGGUCACCAUAGUGGAGGCCAUCAAGCAGGUGCUGGACCGCAUCAAGGGCUCGCAUGUGCUGGCCUGUGCCCCCUCCAACAGUGCCGCCGACCUGCUCUGCCAGCGCCUGCUCCAGCACCGGGACGCGCGGGAGAUCUACAGGCUCAAUGCCAGCAGCCGCGACUAUAGCCAGGUGCCUGCAGAUAUCAAGCCCUGCUGCAACUGGGAUGCAGCGCAGCGGUCCUACGUGUACCCUGGCCGGGACGAGCUGCAACGGUACCGGGUCCUCGUCACCACGCUGAUCCCGGCAGGGAGGCUGGCCUCGGCAGCGUUUCCUCUGGGCCACUUCUCCCACGUUUUCAUUGAUGAGUGUGGCCACGCCGUGGAGCCGGAGAGCGUGACGGCUGUUGCAGGUAUCCUGAGUGCGAUGGACCGGGACACCAAUCCCAGUGGUGGGCAGCUGGUGCUGGCAGGGGACCCCAAGCAGCUGGGCCCCAUUUUGAGGUCCCCGCUGAGCAUCAAGCACAGCUUGGGCGUCUCGCUGCUGGAGCGGCUCAUGCACAACAACUCACUGUACCAGAAGGCCGGUGGGAGCUACAACUCCCAGUUUGUCACGAAGCUGCUGAGGAACUACAGGUCCCACGCUGCCAUCUUCAAGAUCCCCAACGAGGUGUUCUACGAGGGGGAGCUGCAGGAGCACGCGGACCGUGGCAUCAUCCACUCCUACUGUGCCUGGCCGGAGCUGCCCAAGCAGGGCUUUCCUAUCAUCUUCCACGGGGUCCAAGGGGAGAACCAGCGGGAGGAGAAGAGCCCGUCCUUCUUCAAUGUGGCUGAGAUUGACAUCGUGGUCACCUACCUCAAGAAGCUACUGAAGAGCCAGGCCAAGAAAGGCAUCCCUCGUAUCUCGCCCAAGGACAUUGGCAUCAUCUCCCCGUACAGGAAGCAGGUGGAGAAGAUCCGCAAGGCCAUCACCAGCCUGGACCGGAAGCUGCAGGCACUGCCAGACAUCCAGGAGCUGAAGGUUGGCUCCGUGGAGGAGUUCCAGGGCCAGGAGCGGCGCGUGAUCCUCAUCUCCACCGUGCGCAGCUGUAGUGACCACCUGGACAUCAAGGAGCAGUUCCAGCUCGGCUUCCUCAAAAGCCCCCAGAGGUUCAAUGUGGCCGUCACCAGAGCCAAAGCUCUCCUGAUCAUCGUGGGCAACCCAAUCGUCCUCAGCAAGGAUCCGCACUGGUCCAGGUUCCUGCAGUACUGCAUGGCAGAAGGCGGCUACACAGGCUACCCGUACAGUGAGGAUGCCAUGGAUGACAAUGGCCUGGCUGACUACCUCCGUGCCCUCAACCUGAGCGAGUAGCCAGCAGGAGCCCAAGGAAGGGAGAGCUACCUCCAGCAGCAGGUGGAGCUGAGGUGGGGAGACAAGCACUGAGUGCUGCCUCUGUGUCCAUCGUCUCCUGGCCCCUCAUCUGUCUGGCUCAGCUCCUUCCCCCACCUUGCUCCCCGUGCUGGGCGGGGGCUGCUAGGCUGGCCCCUUUGCGCAGCACGCUUCUACCUCUCUCCUACCUCAGGCUCUCUGGGUUGGCAUGUCUCUCUCCCACUCCUCCCUCUUCAAUGACAGUGCUCUACUUGGUGCUUGCUGAAAUGGAAAUUGCUUUGGCAAACAAAGGGAGAAGAGACCUCCCUGGCUGUUAACUAUGCCUUACACCCCAGGAAG